GCUGUGCGAGCAGCGUGUACCUACCUACCAGAGACGCGCUGGUGGCGGCGAGGACCGAGACGGGGGCGAGGCCAUGUCGGACCUGGGCUCGGAGGAGUUGGAGGAGGAGGGAGAGAACGAUCUUGGGGAGUACGACGGGGAACGGAAUGAGGCAGGUGAACGGCACGGACACGGGAAAGCAAGGCUGCCCAACGGGGACACGUAUGAAGGGAGCUACCAACACGGUAAAAGGCACGGCCAGGGGAUCUACAAAUUUAAAAGCGGCGCUCGAUACAUAGGAGAAUACGUUAAAAACAAAAAGCAUGGCCAUGGCACUUUCAUAUACCCAGAUGGAUCAAGAUAUGAAGGGGAGUGGGCGGAUGACCGAAGACACGGUUACGGCGUCUACUGCUACGUCAAUAACGACACCUACACCGGAGAGUGGUUUGCUCACCAAAGGCACGGGCAAGGCACCUACUUCUACGCCGAGACGGGCAGUAAGUACGUAGGCACCUGGGUGAACGGACAGCAGGAGGGCAUGGCCGAGCUCAUUCACCUGAACCACAGGUACCAGGGCAAGUUCUUGAACAAAAACCCCGUCGGCCCUGGAAAGUACGUGUUCGACAUUGGAUGUGAGCAGCAUGGGGAGUACCGUCUGACAGAUGUGGAAAGAGGAGAAGAGGAAGAGGAGGAGGAGGUGACCCUGAUGACCGUCGUUCCCAAAUGGAAGGCCACCAGCAUCACAGAACUGGCUCUGUGGACACCGACCCUCCCCGAGGAGCAGCCACCUGCGGACGGGACCAUCCAGGAAGAGGCUCCGGGACCCGAGGGUGGCGGGGAGCCCGCGGAGGACGACCAGGCUCUGGCGGACCUUUCCGAGGGGGAGGCUGACCUCACGAGGCCUGGGGAGGACGACGAAGACGCCACCAGGGAGGAGGGGCGCGAGGACGGCCAAGAGGAGCUUCGAUACGGCGCCAUCGACCAGGAGUAAGAGCAAAUGUCUUUCCCGGUUUUUUGGAGAUACCUGAAAAGAUGAACUCCGUAAAUCAGGUUUCAAUCUAAAUGCUUGAGGCGCAUGGAGCGUUAGGCUUUUGUUGGCAAGUGAUUGUAAGCGCUGCAGGGCCACCCGAGAAGCCCGCGCUGGCGCCGGGUGGCCCGUGGCUAAGGGGCGGCCCGGUGACGUCUCACUUGUCCCCCUGCCUCCUGCAUGUGGACCGGACGCCCCAGGGUUUGCGAGGGGGGAGUAGGCUGCGUCCGUAGAGCAUGGAAACAGCACGGAGAGGCUGAUACGGAGUAUCCCCGAUGGGAUGACCGGGUGCUUCCCAGGGGAGCCGAGAGGCACUGAGGGCCCGACAGGAAGUGAGCGGAGAAGCAUGUGCCAUGUGCCCGCGUGUGCCUGUGCACGCCUGUGUGUGCCCGUGUGUGCUUGCGUGUGCCCGUGUCUUCCUGCCGUGUGCCUGCGUGCACAAUUACCCGAACUCGAGACUUAACGUGAUUCUGACAGUGUGUCUGAGGUUCACCCUGCUCAUCACUUCUGACAUGUUACAGAGCCCACUUCCCAAAACAAGGUAACUCGAUUUCAUGAAGCAUUCAAGAUAACAUCUUUCCAGAAUGUAG